CAUUCACCCGCCGAAACAAAUCCUCAAACAAGUCCAACUUCGUCGCCAAUCGAUAACCGCCACACCUCCGCUCACAAAGCAACAACGACAAUGUUGUCCGCUCGCAUCCUCGCCCGCACUACGCGCACGCAGCCACGCAUCCUACAACAAGCUCGCCGUCUCGCCACGGAGUCGGCACCGAAGCGCACUGAGAGCAUCUUUGUCAAGGAACGUGAGGCAGUGAAGCAGCAUGCUGCCCAAUCUAGCGAGCUUUGGAGGAAGCUUUCUAUUUACCUCGUUAUUCCCGCUGUCGUCCUCGCGGGUAUCAAUGCGUACAAACUUUGGAAUGAGCAUUGGGAGCACUGGGCGCAUAUGCCCCCGCUAGAGGAGAGGACCGAGUACCCGUACCAGAAUAUCAGGACUAAGAAUUACUUCUGGGGGAAUGGCGACAAGCUGGAACGACAAGGUCAACUACCACAAGCAAGACGAGUAAGGAGAUCUGGAUUUGUAGUUAUCACUCGACGGGAAGGAUGCCUGCGGAUAAAGCAUGGAGUUUGAUGGGUGACUGGGUAGGGCAUGAUACGGUAGAUAGUGCAGAUUCAUCAAUCGAGGCUUCUUUUCUCUUUUU